CUCUGUAUAGUCAAUACGAUCACUCUAUUGCUCUAUUGGGUUUCUUCGUGUUGCUUGCAUUCUGCUGUUUCGCUUGCUUUUCGCUGUAGUUCGCGCCUCAACAUGCAAUGAUGACGAUUACAAACCAUAAAACUCAGCCGAUUAUUGUCACAGUGGCCAGUAUACCUCUACUAUCCCUUUUAGUGCUGAAAAAUGAUCAUCCAUAGUGACAAUCAUGCCUCCUCGCUGGUUUGGUCGGGAGGAGGUGAGCCCUGGCGUCGUCGUCGAGCUGGAAGAAAAGCGAUGGCGCAUUGUGAGUCACGAAGAGGAGGUGGUUCUGCAGGGCAGCGAGCAAAGAACUGCCACCCAGUGUCGUCCAUAUGCCUGCAUCUUGUUGAAAGUACGACAAGUGGGCUCUAAGCCGCCAGUUUACGGAAAUAUGAGGAUCUACAAGCAGAUUUCUACAGAGGAGACAGUCGGCGACCGCCCCGAAGUACGAGCCAAGCAAGCGAAAGUUUGGGUUCCCCGUGAGCUCAGAGCAUACCGCCAGCUCAUGCUCAAGAAUUCAACCUUUACCCCCAAACUUCUGGACAGCUUGGAGGGAAAACAAGAUGCCGACAGCUUGGUACCGGGGGGUUUCAUAGUCCGGGUGGUCUCUGAGGAGAUCUCAGGUAUUCGCCUGGGAGACGAAGAGAGUGACGAUAUCUUCUGGUCGAUGGAGUACUGUGUCCGUGACCAAAUUCGCAAUUCCUUCAAGGAGAACUACCUAAAAAUGGCUAGCUGGGGAUGGCUUCCUUUCCAUCGUACCUGUGAAGAUCUGGUCUGGGUCCCCGAAUCAUCUACCCUGUUUUUCGUGAACUGGUUUAUGCCCACCGAAGUAGUCGCGCCGCGCAAUUGGGAGGAGGGAAUCUUGUACGGCUCUGGCCUCCUCAAGCCUCCCGCGUCCCCGACUUUCUCUAUUCAGCUUUGGAAUAAUAGUGUUGAAGGUUGGCAGGGUUGAGGAAUUU